UGCCGGCCGGGCAGGGCCCCAACGGGCGUCUCCCAGCGGCCUCUGCGGCGGCCUGGGCGCCCCGACCCGGGCCGCGGCCUGGGCCCCGCGCGUGCGUUGUGCGUGCAUGCGUGCGUGCGUGCCGGCGCGCGGCGGGCGCUUGGCCCAGUGCGCGUGCGUGCCCGGCGGGCCCGAGCCCAGUGCGCGUGCGUGCCCGGCGAAGCCUUCGCUCAGUGUGCUUGCGCUCCCCCCGCUGCCGCAUGGUCCUGGGACCGGCCCCGGGUUGGCGGCGGCCUUUGUUCGGCGGCCGCGGCGAAGCGGCCGGCUGGGCAAGGGGCACCCCGGCACGGGCCAGAUGCCGCUGGGAGGCGGGGGUGGGGGCUGGGCUGUCCCUUUGGUUCUCGUGGGGCGCUCCUGGGGCCGCGCGCAGUCUGGGUCGGGUGGGGAUCCCGGGUUUCAGGGAGCAGGGUUCCCUCUGGGGGACCAGGGAGGGCUGCCUAGAGAUGCAGGUUUCUGGGCCCUUCACAGGGUGGCCUGGUCCUGGAGCUGCGUGUCUUUUAAGAGCCGCCCCUCCCCCAUCCUUGGGCACCGUGGGUAGUGGCCUCUCCAGUCGCCAGACCGGGGACGCGGCCUUUGUGAGCUUCCCUCACCCAAACUGGAGGGAGGGCUGCCCUUGGCCCGAGAAAGGUGGCAGGGACCCCCCCACCCCCAGUGAAACAGAAUCAGUAGGCGGCUGGAAGCCCAGCCUCAGACCGUCAACCACCUGCUGUUUGCCUUUUCCUUCCUUUUUUUUUUUUUUUUCCUCUUGAUUGGUGGAAGAUGCUUUUGUUUCUGAGCCAGGCUUGAUGGCUCCCUCCCCUUUGCUUUAGGACCCUGACAAAAGAAAAGCAGGCGGGACACCUGCCACGUGUUGAAUGCCUGCCAGGUGUUGGGGGGUGUGCAGCAGGUCCUGGGCCUUUGCUGUCCUCGCUUUGGGAGGAGUGAAGGAAGUGAGCAGGGUAAGGAUGGCAGCUCAUCCAGGACAAGCUCAGGUUCUAGUGUCCAAAGAGUGCUGGUGGCCCUCCAGUGUGUACUGUAAUUGGCUGCCCCUCUCGUAAUGUCAAGCAUGAAGUAGUGGGGUUACGAUCAUCUUUUAGGGAAACGUGUGUAUUCCCCCUCACUGCGGCUGUCUGUGACGUCACUCCCCCGUUGGCUGUUUAGAGAAGCUUCCUUCUGGGUGCGUGAAGAGGCCUCUCACCACCGCCCCUCAUUUAAUUCUGAGCGCACUUGUGUUCUCACUUCUUCCUUUUAGGUCUGAAGAAUGAGGCAGGUCUCUGUUCCUCUAGUCCUUUGUUAAUUUAACAGAUGCCUCUGCAGCACAUGCUGGGUGUCCUGGCCAUUCAGCUGGGAGUGAGACCUGGGCCCUCCCCUCGUGGGUGACAGCUGGUGCCCCAGCCAUCACCCCGUUGCUUUCAUAGUUAACAGCCCGAGCGGGAAGAAGUUCCGGAGCAAGCCCCAGCUGGCGCGCUACCUGGGCGGCUCCAUGGACCUGAGCACCUUCGACUUCCGCACGGGCAAGAUGCUGAUGGGCAAGAUGAACAAGAGCCGGCAGCGGGUGCGCUAUGACUCCCCGAGCCAGGUCAAGGGCAAGCCCGACCUGAACACGGCCCUCCCGGUCAGGCAGACGGCGUCCAUCUUCAAGCAGCCAGUGACCAAGAUCACCAACCACCCCAGCAACAAGGUGAAGAGCGACCCCCAGAAGGCCGUGGAGCAGCCCCGGCAGCUCUUCUGGGAGAAGAAGCUGAGCGGCCUGAAUGCCUUUGACAUCGCGGAGGAGCUCGUGAAGACCAUGGACCUCCCCAAGGGCUUGCAAGGCGUGGGUCCCGGCUGCACGGAUGAGACGCUGCUCUCGGCCAUUGCCAGCGCCCUGCACACCAGCACCAUGCCCAUCACCGGGCAGCUCUCAGCCGCCGUGGAGAAGAACCCCGGGGUGUGGCUCAACACAGCCCAGCCGCUCUGCAAGGCCUUCAUGGUGACCGAUGAGGACAUCAGGAGGCAGGAGGAACUGGUGCAGCAGGUCCGCAAGCGGCUGGAGGAGGCGCUGAUGGCCGACAUGCUGGCUCACGUGGAGGAGCUGGCCCGGGACGGCGAGGCGCCGCUGGGCAGGGCGGGCGCUGACGGGGAUGAGGACGACGGGGACCAGGAGGAGAGUCCCGACCAGGACCAGGAGAUGGAGCACGUGUAGAGCAGGCACUGGCCGGGUCCCAGCUCCAGCUCGCGCGGGCAGCGACCACGGGUGAGGGGUGGUCCGGGUCCCUGGGGCCUGCCUUGUGCCAGUGGCAGCAGUGCCUCCCGAGAGCACCUGUCUUCAAGGAGGACGGCCUGCCAGGCACGGAUGGUGCCCUCUCUGUCCCUGCACGGGCCCCACCCGCCUGCCCUCCCGCACGGGGCCACCUGCAGACUCGGCCCUCACCCUGCCCAGGCGUGUCCCCUCCCCUGGGCCACGGGGACAUGGCUGAAGCACGGCCUCUCACCUGAUGGACCCCCCAUGUCUGCCCCUCCUCGGGGUCAUGGCUCCACACUGAACUCGGGCCAGCCUGGUCCCCGUGGCUGCUGCCCUGGACCUCUCGCACAGGACAGCUGCCACUGGGCCGCCUGCGAG